UUGAUUGGCUGGUGGCUGACAUGGUGUCCAUCCGAGGAGGUGCCCUGGGCCAUCUUCGCUACGUGAUGAAGGACACACUUCAGCUGAUCCCAUUGUACGGACAUUAUUUUUAUACGCAUGGCUGUAUCUAUGUCAAACGUGGAAAUUUCAAUCAGGACAAAAUGAUUCGUUCCCUGGACUAUCUCAGGGACCCAAAGAUAACAGUUAGCGUGGUUUGGUAUCGUUUCACUGAAGUUUUUGUUUACUACCCUGCCACUCCAAAGGUUAUUGAGAAGUCUGAAAAAUUUGCAAGGGACAAUAAUCUAAAGGUUCUCAGGCACCACCUCGUCCCUAAGGUUAAAGGCACGUGGCUCGUUGCUCAGCACCUACAUGAUAAGUUUGAUGCUGUUUACGAUGUGUCUGUUUUCUACGAAGGAUGUGUCAGCCCAGAUGGCGUCAGAGGAAAUGCACCACAGUUAAUAGAAUUUCUUCUGGGAAAGUGUAAAAAGGUUCAUAUUCACAUUCGUCGUAUCCCCAUGACAGAGAUUCCUAAGGAGGAGGAGGCACUCAAAGUCUGGUUACAUGAUUUAUACAUAGAGAAAGAUGAAUUGGCCGAAAACUUUUUUACCAAAGAUAGUGAGAAGAGAGCAUCAGUCCAGAAGAGGCUCGGUGGAUGUGUGUCUCAUCUCAGCCCGUGGUCUACACUCUGUUCGUUCCUCUUCUUUUCGGCCGUCACCGUGCCUAUAAUCUGCACAAGCAUCGGCCGCCAGGUCUACCUGUACCUACUAAUAUAUGGUACACUCGGCUCGUAUGGCUGGUUAGCAAUACGGUCUGUUUGUUAGGGUUUAAGGAGUAUCACACAAAUCACGCAGGAAGACCAACAGUAAGUUGUAGCUAAAUAGUGGAAGUUAUUUGUUUGUGAACAAAGGAGAUUAAUAAAAGUAAAUGUGUUACUGAAAUUUUUGGGGAGUAUAUAGUAUGUACUCUUUUGGUGAUGUCUGCCAAAACUAGAUUUGUCAAAAUCUAAAGUCGAUGUCAGUAAUAGGAGUUUAACUUAAAUAUAAAUAUAUUUUUAUGGAGUUAUCAUUAUGGAUUAUUAUUAUUAUUAUGACAUAUUAAUGAUGCUAGUGUUUUGCGACCUAAUUACCCAGUAGAGGAUAUUCAGUUACUGCAAGUUGCAAUAUAUUUUUUAUACAGGUAUACCUCGAUAACUGAUGCAUAUGCGGACUGCAUAAAGUCAAUGAACAGUUUUUGAAGCAAUAAAUCCCACAAGAAUAUUACAUAUUUGGGAGAUUAAGGACGAUCCAAAAACUCCCACUUACCCUUGAUAUUUCUCUGUCUUGCACACUGUCAAGCUCUAUCAAGUCUCAGUCUCCAGUACAGUAUUUUAUAAUAGAAAUGAUAGAGUAAAUAACUUGAUCUUGAUACCUUGUUUUAUUGUAUUUAUCAUCAUAAUAAAUGGCUUCUCUCA